CGACUGUGGAGCCAGGGCGCGGACGGAGCUGGGGUGUGAGGAGUCAGGCAGGUGACGAAAAUGAGCGACUGGGCUUCCAGGACAGGAAUCUCCCGUUUCUUAGGCUUUGGCAAAUAAUUAGAGAACACUGACGACCGGCUCCUGCCACGAGGCCCCACCCCGGCUUCGAGUGGAACGUGGGGCCGUGUGCAGGACAGCCUUGCACUUCAGUCUUGCAUUUCCCUCUUUAGGUCGAGGCCGCAUGGAUAGGAACCCCCCUGAAGGCACAGGCCCUGUGCACGUGCCUUUGGGGCACGUUGUUGCCAAUGAGAAAUGGCGUGGGUCGCAGCUGGCACAGGGCAUGCAAGUCCAGUAAUCUUCAAGGAAUUGCAAUAGUUGAAAAAACGCCGACGAGUGAACAGUACUUCCCAGCCAUACAGAAGUUUACUGUGCUGGACCUUGGGAUGGUGUUGCUCCCAGUGGCCAGCCAGAUGGAAGCGUCCUGCAUCAUCAUCCAGUUAGUUCAAGAGCAAACCAAAGAGCCCAGUAAGAACCCUUUUCUCAGGAAGAAACAGGCUCAGCUCUCUGAGCCAUUCUUACUUCGAACUGUGCAGCAGAUCCCAGGAGUUGGGAAAAUUAAAGCUUCCCUUCUGCUUCAGAAGUUCCCGAGUAUCCAGCAACUGAGUAAUGCUUCCAUCCAAGAACUGGAGCAGGUCGUUGGGCAAGCAGCAGCACAACAAAUUCAUGUGUUCUUCACACAGUCCAGGUGACAGCUCUUCUCACAGCAUCCACUACGGGUUCUACUUUACACCACCAACUACAGGAUCUUGUUUUCUUUUCAUGUUUAAAAAUCAAGAAAAAAAUAUUUCCUCUCACAGCAACUAGUGACAGAUGAGGUGAGGCCUGAGUGGAACCUGCCAGCUGCCCUGUGCUGCUGUGUGCUGUCACUUAAGUCGGUGCUGCCCUGGUUCUGCUACCAUGAAGAGGGCCAGUGGCGAUCUUCCAAAGAGCGUCCCUUGAAUUAGAGACUCUCAGAUUGAUAAAAAAGCCAACUUGGGGAGAUUUGAAUGUGUGACCUUGACCUACAUCUGUAAUGGAAAGGUCUUAUCAGGUUUCAGUGUUUAUAACCUUCUAAAGGAGACAAACCUACAAUGAAGCACUGUGUACCAUAAGCCCCUUGUUCCUGGUGGCAAAACCACUGUUCUUGAGGUCUGGUCUUAAUAUACCUGUGCUUCGAGGGUUGCUGCCAGUGUAAAUAAGUUGUACAGCCUUUGUGUUUCCUCCCUCAAUCGCUUCCUUUAUGGUGGCUGCACAGUUUGUUUAUCAUCACUGGGCACAUCUGAACACAGAAAGCCUGGAGUGGAGAGUACCCACUU